AUGUCUUUGCACGAGCCACGGGGCCGCAGUGCGGCCCCGGGACGGUCAUUUCUUGCGGCUACCGCUCUUAUUAGUCUGGUCCCCUUGAUCCUGUUUCUCGGUGCGCCCGUCGCGUGGCGCCUGCUCGGUCGUUUUGGUGGCUUCCUGCUCCGCAAGAAGACCGAGGGCCGGCGGUCGGUCCUCGUGUCGGCAAUGGACGAGGAGAUGGAAAAGUUUGCACAGGAGGAGAACGCCGAAAGCAAAAGCAGCAGCUCUGGCGACGAGUGGGAAAAGGUCUCGGGCGGCGCGGAGGACCCCGUGGUGGAUGCGCUUAAGGACAAGACCAAGGACUGGGAUGGGAUCAUUGGCUUCUUUCACCCGUUCUGUAAUGCUGGCGGAGGUGGCGAGCGUGUCCUCUGGGCUGCUAUCCGCGCGACCCAGCUGCGUUGGCCAAAGGCCAAGUGUGUGGUGUAUACUGGCGACCAUGAAGUCACAAAGGCUGACAUAAUUGCCCGCGUCAAGAGCCGAUUCAAUAUUGAUCUACACCCACCCACCGUUCAAUUCCUCUACCUCACUAAGCGGCACUGGGUCCUCCCCAGCAGCUGGCCGCACUUCACCCUCGCCGGGCAGUCGCUCGGCUCGCUCCUCCUCGGUCUUGACGCCUUCUCGCUUCUCGUCCCCGACGUAUUUGUCGAAACCAUGGGCUUCGCCUUCGUCCUCGGGCUCUGCAAGUUCCUGUUCCCGCGCGUGCCGACCGGGGCGUACGUGCACUACCCCACCAUCUCGACGGACAUGCUCGACUCGCUCGACCCGAGCUCGCCGCUCGGAUCGCGCGGCGUCAACGGCGGGCAGGGCCGCGGCCUGCGCGGUCUCGCCAAGAAGGCCUACUGGCACGCGUUUGCGCGCGUCUACUGCUUGUCCGGCGCAUCCAUCGACGUCGUCAUGACCAACUCGACCUGGACCCAGGCGCACGUCCAGUCCCUCUGGGGACCUUACCGAAAACAAAAAGACGCCGGCGGUAGAAACCCCAUCACCGCUGUCUUCCCGCCUGUCGCCGUUCAGGAGCUCGAGGCUGCCGUUGACGUCUCCGCGGCGAGCGAGCGCGACGUGCGCGAGAACAUCAUCCUAUACAUUGCGCAGUUCCGCCCCGAAAAGGACCACCGCCUCAUCGUGCAGUCGUACCACGAGUUUCUCAAGCUCCACGGCGACAGCCCCGCCGGGAAGACGUCGCGGCUUGUGCUCGUGGGUAGCGUCCGCGACGACAGCGACGCCAAACGAGUAUACGAGCUGCGCCUCAUGUGCAACGAGCUGGGCAUCAAGGACCGCGUCGAGUUCCACCUCGAUGCCUCGUGGCCCGAGAUCCUCCAGUGGUUGCGUCGCGCGUCCAUUGGCGUCAACGGCAUGUGGAACGAACACUUUGGCAUCGGCGUCGUCGAGUACCAAGCCGCUGGCCUCAUCUCCGUCGUCCACGACAGCGGUGGGCCCAAGUUGGACAUUGUUAUCCCCAUCGACGGGGAGCGGACCGGUGUCCAUGCAUCCACAUCAACAGAGUUUGCUGAGGGCUACCACCGCGUCCUCACGAUGCCCGACAAGCUGCCGACGAGGCUGCGCGCGCGCAAGUCGGCGAAGCGCUUUACAGAGGCCGAGUUUGCUAGGAAGUGGAUAGACCAGACGGAACGGCUCGUUGCCAUGGCCAAGUAA